AUGUAACUUGGCACUAAGAAUAUUGAGCCUAUCACUAAGCCUAGUCCUAUUCCUAAAACAGUUGUGAGCACAACCACUAAUACCAUGAAAAUCAUUGCGAAAAAUCUUUCAAAAACAAGAAGGAUUUUAAGAACAAAGUUUUUUUCCUCUGCAAUAUUUUUACUCCAAAACUAUCUCCAACAUUAUCUCUUUAAUAAUUUUGACCAUCCCAUCGAUUAAAGAGCAAUCAUUAGAGCUGAACAGAUGAAAUAUACUAUGAAAGGUAGGAAAAUAAACAUGAAAGAGAUUAGUAUUACAGUGCAGCAAGGCUCUUUUUUGAAAAAUGAGCCAGCUGUCAUCUCACAAAAUAAACCACCAAGUUGA